ACUUACUGCGCCGGCGUGCCGGCGCGAGCGGUCAAAGCGCCUUCCGGAGACCGCCGAACUGCGCUCAUUUCCCAGUGUGUAGCUUUCGAAGUGCCCUGAGCGAGGCUCAGGGAGGCCGCCGCCACUGGAGGGUAUUUUUUCUACAGCUCUGGUACCUCCCAGUGGUCUGCUACUCCGGUCCUUGCCCUUUGACCUCGCUCUCGCGGCGGGGUGAGAGGUCGGUGGCCAUCUUGUGGCGGCGGCGCGGGCGGCUGUUACUGCGGAGACCCAUCCCCUCCCCCCGGGGCCCCCCUCCCGACGGCCUGACAGUCAGUAAGGAGUCCCUCGGGCCGUCUGGUGAGGCCUCGGCCUCGUGCCGUCGCUCUUCCCGCCGCACUGGGUGGCUCAGGCCGUUCCUUGCAGGGCUUUACCGCCGCCACCAUGUCCUCCUUCUCCGAGUCGGCGCUGGAAAAGAAGCUCUCGGAGCUGAGCAACUCUCAGCAGAGCGUGCAGACCCUGUCCCUGUGGCUCAUCCACCACCGCAAGCACGCGGGACCCAUCGUCUCGGUGUGGCACCGUGAACUUCGCAAAGCCAAAUCAAAUAGAAAGCUUACUUUUCUGUACUUAGCGAAUGAUGUCAUCCAAAACAGUAAAAGGAAAGGACCUGAAUUCACUAGAGAAUUUGAAUCUGUCCUUGUGGAUGCUUUUUCUCAUGUUGCCAGAGAGGCAGAUGAAGGCUGUAAAAAACCUUUAGAAAGAUUGCUGAACAUCUGGCAAGAAAGAAGUGUGUAUGGCGGCGAGUUCAUACAGCAGCUGAAGCUGUCUAUGGAGGACUCCAAGAGCCCUCCCCCCAAAGCAACAGAGGAGAAGAAGUCUCUGAAGCGAACUUUUCAGCAGAUACAAGAGGAGGAGGAUGAUGACUACCCUGGAAGCUAUUCUCCCCAAGACCCUUCUGCAGGACCCCUCUUGACUGAGGAACUAAUCAAGGCUUUGCAAGACCUGGAAAAUGCUGCAUCAGGGGAUGCUACUGUUCGACAGAAAAUUGCUUCUUUGCCCCAGGAGGUACAAGAUGUUUCUCUAUUGGAAAAAAUAACAGACAAAGAGGCAGCUGAACGGCUUUCAAAAACAGUCGAUGAAGCAUGUCUGUUACUAGCAGAAUAUAACGGGCGCCUGGCUGCAGAACUGGAAGACCGGCGCCAGCUGGCUCGGAUGUUGGUGGAAUACACCCAGAACCAGAAGGAUGUUUUGUCAGAAAAGGAGAAAAAGCUAGAAGAAUAUAAACAGAAGCUCGCGCGUGUAACCCAGGUACGCAAGGAACUGAAGUCGCAUAUUCAGAGCUUGCCAGACCUCUCAUUGCUGCCCAACGUCACAGGGGGCUUGGCCCCCCUGCCCUCUGCUGGUGACCUGUUUUCAACUGACUAGGGCAGUUGAAAUCGUGCCUCAGAUUCCCAUCUGUACCAGCAGAAAGAAGAGGGCAGGUCAUGGUUGGAAAUAAUCUUGUAGCCCCAGUCCCCGGCCUCAAGAAAGAACUACAGACUCUGAUUCUCCUCUCCAGCCUCUCCUGCUGAGCACAAUUCAGAUCAGUGGCGAGUAGAAUCCAGUUUAGAUUCAUAUUUGGAAAUAAUAUGAAUUUCUCCCAUUUCCUGUUUUCAUGCCCCUGUCAGUUUUCCAUUUUUAACUCUCUUUACACCCAAGAAGUUCUGAAAAUCAUGUGUGCUUCUGGAACCUUUCAGAAAAAUCUUGUCCUGUGUGACAGCAUUUUGUCAUGAAAGUGACUUCUCCUUUCUGAGCUGAGCUUGUUCACGUUCAGUACAGGCUUCCACUGAGGGACUUACUCAGGCGUCAUCGGCUUUCCCAGAUUCCAUCCACCCAAAAGGUUGGAGGCACAACUGUGAAGCAGCUUUGCCAUAAAGAGUUUGCCAAAUCGAGGAUCCUUCCUUACCCUUACUUCUAGCUAUUUAUAGUCAAAGCCUAGGUGCGUUGGUAAGCAGACAAGAGAAUCUGGCAAAUAAGAUUCAAAGAUGAUCUGGGACAGAAAGUCACUGUUCAGAGACAGAGUAACAGGGAUCACAACAUAAGUUAAAAAUAAAUUAUUUGUUUCAGGUUCCUACAGACAACCUUUCCAAGAUGCAUUUAUCAUGGGUCCCACCCACUGUCAUAGAGGGUGUUCCUAAAAACACGAUCUUCUGACCCCACUUGGUUGUGAAGGCAGUUAUUGGAAAUGGCACUGGUGGGCCCCGAAAGCUGAAGGCAUGCUGAGACUCGACUUCACAUGGGUGUUGCUUUGACCCUUUCUUUUGGGGAGUAGGGCGCACUAACAUUUAAUUCACUCUGUGGAGCAUGUCCACGGUAUGGUGACUAAACUUGAAUAUCUCCUUUGCAAAUGACACUUUGUGCAUGUUUGUCUGUCCGUCAGUUCACGCCACUGCACAUGUCCUUGUGCCCAUAGGAAGAGGAGUGCUUUGCAUCAGAUGUUACUGAAUGGCUCAUCUUGGGCAGGGGAAGGGGAAAGUCGGGAAUAUUAACGUGGGGUUUUUAAAUUUCACUAUCAUGCCAGCUGACAUCAUGACUAUAUAAUGUAGUUAGGAUUUUUACCUUGCUUUUAGUAAAGGUUAGGCCUGUUAACUGUAAAUCAUUCUAAUUUCGCAGGCUUAUUUUUGACAUUGGAAAGGGCAGAAAACAAUUUGCCCCAAUAGUAGAAUAGGAAUUAUAGCCCAGAGGCUGAAAUCCAAAAGCUGUAAAAAGGGAAUUCAGUGAUGGGGGCUUCAGAAACUCCAUUAUUUUGAGUAGUUAUUUUCAGGAUUACCAAAAAGCCAAUUACAUGUAAUUUUACAUGUUAAACAUGUUAAAACUUAACCUAUGUUUUUAAAAGUAUAACAGGCUUCCCUUUAAGAAGUUCUGCUGCCUGCCAUAAAGUGAGAACAAUGAAAAGUCAGAGCAGGUGUUCAGUUUAACUCUUUGUAGAACCUAGUAGCAUUUAAGCUAUUUUUCAGAUUUGAAUUCAGACUGUGUUGUUUGCUUAUUGACACUGCCUGUUGUCCUGUCAUUAUUAAAUUAAUGCGUAUAUACAGUUUUUCUUCAGAGGCCAGAGGGCAGUAGGUAACUUUACUAAAAUUGCGAGAUUAAUUCCAAUUUUGCUGUCUCAGCACAUAGGCCCCUCCCCAUGUGGCGUGCUGCUUUAGUCCUAACAGGAGCUUGUUUCUGAACAGUCCCGUCUUGGACUUCUCUGUGCUUUCACCCAGGAAGCAACAUUCUACUAGCCACAAACCAGCCGGAAGGGUACAGUAGAUAUUUGAUAAACUAGAUGAAAAUGUUAUGACAUAAUGGAUUUUGCCCACUGCUUUGUUCUAUCUGAUUGAGGCUGACGAGCAAUUGGUGCAUAAUUACUACAACAAGAACAGGAGAUGAAUCUACGGCAAUUAUGUAAAUGAAUGUGUUGGCCUCUUAACACCUGUUACUAGUGGACUUCCUGUGAGGAAGUUAGUUUUGUUUUAUAGUUUUUUAAUGAAAUGCUUUUGUUUUUUAAAAUCUUAAUUCUUCCCAUAUCCUCCCCACGUGUGCUUACUUCAUUUGUUUAAUUUAAAUGAACCUUUCUCCUUGGAUGUAUGAGGUGAUCUGGGGGUGGGGGCGGUGGGUGGUUUUUGUUUUGUGUUUUUCUUCUUAGGGCAUCCGUGGGCCUCAAAGGACCUUUCCUUUAGGUCGUAUUCCUCAAAGUCUUCAACCUAAUUUUGUUCUUGUUUUUGUUUUUUUUCUUAAAGAAUAUUUUUAAAGCUUAAAUUUGUAUAUUAAUUUAGGACUUUAUUUAGAAGUAUAGGCUGUCGUUGGCGGCAGCAGUAUAUUCUGAAAUGUCUCAUAGAUAUAUAUUUUUGAAUAAAGAUGGUGUUGUUGAACGACAUCGUGCAAUGUUCCUUCUUCCUGUGCUGUUACUGAACACCCAGUGCUUCCUUUGUAAGCGGUGGGUAAUUAGUAAUCGCCAAAAGAGAUUGUGCUGUCUGCACAGAAUCAUGUCCCUUGGGAGUUUUUGUGACUCUUAGUGGUCCAUAAAUACUCAACACUUACAUAGUAUUUUCUGCUGCUUUCCAGGGCCUUAAUUAGCUUUAAUUAGCCAGUUCCCGCAGUACUCAGGAGAGGUACCGCCACAGUUUUAGCCUCAUUGUGUAGAGGAGGGAACCGAACGGAGAAAGGUUAAAUGACUCUUUCCCUGGUACCACACGGUCUCUGACAGAUUAAAACUUGGAAAUUCUUUGAGUUCAGCGCUUUUGUUCACACCACGAGUCUCCUGAGGAAUACUUGAUUUUGUCAAGAUGGUGCAGGCCAUGCUGCACAGUAAAAAGAAAAAUGCGAGAUAAUUGCAAACCCAAGUGGUAUGUCUUUUGAAAACAUUUUUGUGGAUUUCCUUUAUCCUUUAUUUUUCACUUCUAAAUGCAAUGAAAGCAUAUUGACUAUUACAGGUUGAAACUCAAAUUAAUAGAAAAACAGCUGGAAAGAGGCCUUUUGAAGCAAUCGGUAAGUUUGGAAGGAUGAUUCUAACCUGUCCUCUGGGUAAGAGCAGCGCUUGCCCAGAGAAGUCGUCACCAGUCUACUCAUGUUGCAAAAAACUACAGUAACUGUGGUCCCUUUUAAGACUAACUGUAGCUCAGGUUGAAUGAAAUCCAGUAUUAGGAAAGUGGAGACUGUGCAUUGCCUUCGGCCUCUCUUAAACUGUAAAGGUUGAGUCUAACGUGAAUCUCAAGAGACAAGCUCCCCUUCUGUGUCCCCAGGUUUCAUGGCCUAGUUAAUGUCUUUCCUUCUACCUAUAAAUAGUCCAUAAUUCCUCUGGUUUAAUUAGCACUUCAGGCUACAAAAUGUGACUCUGUGGUCUUCAAUGGAAGGUGGAACUACUACAGAGUUCAUGAAUCUGUCAAAAGACUUACGUUUUGUGAUGAGAGCCAUGAACUCUCUGUGUGACCUUCCUGGGCAAGGUACUUCCCUCUCUGGGCCUUGGUUUUCUUAUCUUUGAAUUGCAUGGUAUUGCACUAAAUUAUUUCUAGCAUCUCUGCCAACUCUAAAAGCUUAUGAUUGUUAUGUUGUUUGAGAAGAAUGCAGGACUGAGUUCUGAGAAUGCUGGACAGCAUGUCAAUAUUUGCUAGAGUAAUGAUAUCACCAUUGUGCUUCACACAGCUUUUUUUUUUUAAAGAUCCUAUAUGAAACCCUGGAGGUGCUUGUCCAUAAGCAUCAGAAAACAAGAGACAGUCCCAAGACUAGAAAGAUGGGGUAAACCUGAUUUAUUUGCGAUCUUUAGAAAAAAGCUCUUUUCCUGCCUGAUUUGCUGUUAUCUUACUUUCACCUAGGAUCAUGUGGUUAAACUCAUUUCUCAUCACCACCUCCCUGGGAUUUUCCAUUUAAAAAUCAUUCUUCCAGUCUGAGGCACAGAUUCAAUUAAGAAUCCAUUAUUUUCCUGUACAGGAGAUUGGGAUUCAAACAGCUUUAUGUAGUGUUGAAAGCCCAGUUCAUUCAAUUUUCAGACUCUGACUGUUAUUUUGCAUUAAAAAUCAUUUUUAUCACUGGUUUGAUAAUUAAAAUUAGCAAUAUGAAUCAGGAUUUAUGGGUCUUUUUUUAAAACAAAUAGAAGGUAGUUGUGGCAAGUGAUAACGACAUCUUCUGGUCUCUUGCUAUGAUGACCUUGGGCAGGUCCCUCAGCCUUUCGAGACCUCUGCUGCUGCUUAACGAAAAUGAAGGCGGCUGACUAAGAAGCUUCAGAAGUCCUUCCCAGAUCUAACGCUGUGUAACUAGGCUUUCAGAAUAUUUCUUUGUAAACUUAGUACCUACCUAAUGCAUUCUAUAGAUUUCUAAAUGCCAGCUCUCUAUGAAUUCUUAGGAAAUCAAUAAAUCAAAGUAGUUAUAAAUAGAUGUUAAAAGGGCCGCGUGCCAUGUUUGUGACAAGCUCAGGUUCCAUGGCAGUUGAAUGUAGGUUCUUAAAUGCAUGUGUUAAUGUUCAGUAGGUAGUGUUUGGAAGGCACUGUUAGCUACUACAUCUGCACCAGAGGCUGUAUUGACAAUGGAGACAGUCAGAAACCUGCAGCCCUUGAAACCCUCUCACCCACAUAGAGGGGUACACAUGAAUCAGAAGUGAGAGUUGAAGGAAGGGGAAUUUGAGUGGGGAUGUCCUUGAAGAGAGCAUUGCUCUGUUUUAACGGCUCCCAAUGGUGAACAGUGGAUGCCCCCUGCCCUUUGUCUCAAGGCUGGGGAAAGAGACUCGAGUUCAAUAUGUGUCCUCUGGAUGGCAAUUCCACGGACCCCUGCCCGGAAAUAUCUGAAGGUGCUUUGAUGACAGAGCAUGGGGAGGAGGUUGAGUUGAGUGCAACCUCCUGUAGCAUUUUUCAGAGGGACAGGAUGCAUGCCUGCUCCUGGGGGCCAGAUGUGGGCUCCAUGCAAGAGACCGGUAAGGGGUCAUCUCAGAGUCUGGCCAAAAGGUGAGGCUCAAGGUGCUGAACUUGCUACUCAGGACUGAGGAAGGAGCUGAGAGCAAAGAGCCAGGGAAUGGCAUCACCCCUGAGAGAUGUCUGGUGAUGGGGGACGACAAUGGAAUGUCUGGGAGAAGGAGCGGUUGAGCCACUCUGAGGAGUGUUGAAAGAACCUGCGUGAGAAAGAAGUAAACUCUUGCCAAGCUAGUGCCCCGUCACCACAAUGCCUUCAGUAAGGCUCUUUGCCCUCUUCAUCACCCCACCGCCCUGUUAGUGAAUUCAUGAAUUCUGUGUGUACUUGAAUGCAAGUUUUUUUAUUGUGGCAAAAUACAUGUGGCAUAAAUGUACCAUUUUGGCCACUUGAAAUGGUUACAACUCAUUGGCACUUGGUACAUUCACAGUGUUGUACAAUGUUGUAUAACCACCCCCACCUUUGUUUAUCCAUCAGUUGGACAUUCGAGUUGUUUCUGCUUUUGGCUCUUGUCAAUAAUGCGGCUGUCAACAUUCUUGUACAAAUUUUUGUUUGAGUACCUGCACUUAGUUCUUUCAGGUUUAUGCUUAGGAGUGGAUUGCUGAGUCAUAUUAAUUCUGUUUAGUUGAGAAACAACCAAGCAAUAGUCCACAAUGGCUACACCAUUUUACAUUUCCACCAGCAGUGUAUAAGGGUUCCGAUUUUUGCACAUUCUCACAGUUCUAGGUUCUUUAGAGAAAGAGAAACAAAAGGGUGUUUAAACAUAUAUAUUAGGUAAUAGAUACAUAUCAAUAGAUAAAUGGAGAGAGAGCUGUAUUUCUACACACAAGAGAACUUCACAUCUCUAAAUAGUUCUAUGUAGAUAUAUAGAUAGAUGAUAGGUAGGUAGGUGGAUAGGUAGCUAGCUGACUAGAUAGAUAGGUAGAUAGAUAAGAAAUAGGUGAGAGAUAUUUUAAGGAAUGGACCCACAAUUAAGGAGAUUUGGUAGUUUCAAAAUCCAUAGGGGAGACCAGCAAUGGGAGACCAGCAGCCGGAGACCUAGGGAUGAGUUUCAGUUCAAGUCCCAAGGCAGUUGGCUGACAGAAUUCCUUGCUCACGGAGGAUGUCAGUCUUUGUUAAGGCCUUCAACUGAUUGGAUAGGGCCCACCCUCAUUAUGGAGGGUUAUCCUGAUUUUCUUAAAAGUAGAUGGAUUUAAAUGUUAAUCUCAUCCAAAAAAUACCUUUACAGAAACAUCCAGAAUGUCUGACCAAGUAUCUGGGCACUGUGACCCAGCCAAGUUGACACAUAAAACCAAACAUCACACUAGCCAACACUUGCUGUUUUCCAUUUUUAAAGUUAUGUUAGUGAUCUAGGGCUUGAUAAGAAAGUACCACUUGCUGAGUGGCUUAUAACAAAUUUCUUGUGUCAGAGUCUUGCAAGCUAGAACUCUGAAGUCAAGGUGUUUGUGGAAACUUGCUGCCACCAGAGCCUCUAGAGGCGGGUCCUCCCUUGUUUCUUCUAGUUCUGGUAAUUCCAAGGGUUCCUUGGCUGUGCCAACGAAACUCUAAUCUUUAUCUCCAUCUUCACAUGGCCAUUUUCCCUCUGUCUUUGUCCCUUUUUUUUGUAAGUAUACCAGUCAUAUUGGGUUAAGCCCAACUAAAUAAGCUCAUCCUAAUUUGAUUAAAUCUGCAAGGACCCUGUUUCCAAGUAGAGUCACAUUCACAAAUUCUGGGACUUUGGGGGUAGGGAGGGACACGUUUCAAUCCAUAAUAAGAGCUAUCCUAGUGGCUAGGAAGUGACAUCUCACUGUGGUAUUGAUUUACAUUUCCCUACUGACAAGGACAUUGAGCAUCUUUUCAUGUGCUUCUUGUCCACUUGCAUGUCUUUUUAAAAGAGAUGUCUGCUCAAGUCCUUUUAUUCAUUUUUGAAUUGGGUUAUCUCUUGUUAUUGAAUUGUAAGAGUUCUUUAUAUAUUCAGGAUGCUAGACUAUCCUUAUCAGUGAUGUAAUUUUCAAAUGUGUUCACCCAUCCUAUGGAUGUCUUUUCACUCUCUUGUUAUGUCCUUUAAUGUAUGCAGCAGGCACAGGGAGAUAGUCUGCACACUGCCUUCCUGUGCUGCAGGCAGAGAACCCUGUUUUUUGCCUCUGGGAAUACUUAGUGUAGUAGGGUUGGCCAGGUGCCAAAUGAUACACACUCAGAACAAAGAAGUAUACAUUAAGCUGGAAGAAGGAGAGAGAUUUCUAAAUAAGGUGAUAUGUUCAGCACUGGCUGCGAGUCUCCUUCCCUUCCUGCAAGAAAAUGGUUCAGGUCCCAGGUACACUCUCGCAUAAAUAUGUUUCAUUUGCUAACCGGUCCUUUACAAGAAUUUGCCCAUGUCUGGAUUAAUGAGGUCUAUGAAUUAAUGAGGGCUAUGAAUUAAUGAGGUCUCCAUGUAUUUCCUAACAUGAACACUUUCAAAUUAUCAGAUGCUGCGAUUGGGAAGUUGUGCUCUCCCUGGCCCAGGGACUCUUUGGAUAACUGUCCUAUCAGAUACCCACAUGGGCUCAAGGCCAGGUUAGAAAGCAUUUCACUUCCCUGGAGAGGGUCUUUGUGAUACUACUACCCUGGAGGGUGUGCUUCUUCUACUUCUAUUAAAUCAGAUAUGGUUCCUCCACUCAGGAUGCCCUAGGCUAGAGCACAGAGCCCUGAAUUUGGAACCCAGGUGAAGUCCCAACUCCAUUGUUGUAGAAUGGAGUGACUUUAUAUGAGUCAUUUCACAUCUGGGCAUAGUGUCAAUUUAUCGGGAAGACUCAAUUACUUCCAGAUCUCCCUGGAGGCUUUCAGUCCAUGUUUAACAUUAACAAGGGCAUGGAGAGGCACACAGGGAUGGUCACAAGCUCCACUCUGAUGCCAAUGGUCUGAGUCCCAAUCUCAUCUCCUGACUGACACUUUGGCCAAGAAACUUCCUUUGCCUGUGUUUUGAUUUCAUCAUCUGCACAGACUGAUGAUAAUAAUAGAUGGUAGUAAUGAUAAUAAUAGACCCAGAGAGUUAUAGGGAUUUCAUGAAUCAAUGUUGCUAAAGUAAACUGAGUUACAUGUUUUUAAAAUAAAAGCUGUUUGCUGAUAAGAAACAAUCUGUGCAAAUACUAGGCAUGCGAGCCUGGAUGCAGCACAGCUGGACAGCCUUUCUUCUCUGCAUGUCCCGGAGCAAGAACUGUGUCCUCUUAAAGUCACAGCUAUUUUGAAAAGAUGCUGAGAAGGGACACUGGCCAAUAGCAAGAGGAUAAUACAGAGGGCUCCAACCCAGGCCUCCCAGGAAGGAUGGUUUAGUCUGUAGACCAAGGAGGGAAUUUGUGGUGAUGCCCAAUGGCUGUCGGUGGAGGAGGGCGUAGAAACGGUCCUCACUUUGAGGAUAAAAUGAGGAGGGAGUAGGAGAUGGAUGUUUCAUUGGGGAGAGCUUCAGAACCAUAUCAGGAAGAUUUCUUGCCCCCACCAAGGCUGACACACUUCCUGCCUGGGGUGUUUAUGGGGAGCUUCUUGACUAAGGUAGAUUAUUGUGCAAGAUGAAAGAGACAAGGCCCUUCCAGAUCUAAUCAUCCUGGAAUCUAAUAUUUCUGUUGACUUGGAGAUUUGACUGUUGACAAGAGUGGUAGGAAGAAAGCCAUAGCUAUUUAAAAGUUCCCAAAUUUGACCCUUGCCAAGCAAGGCCUCUACAGCAUGUCUGCCCAGCUUCCCUGAGCACCUCCUAAUGAAGUUCUUAGCAGCCUGACAUUGCUGUAAGAACCUCCUCUACCAGUCCCCAUGGGUUAUGAAACUUCGGUGGUGGUGACAGCUUCUGGCAAGGUCGUAGAAAAACAAUUUAUCUGAGAGCUGUCAUUAUUCAAGAAUCCAAGACACAAUUGCCCAGCCCGCUCUUGAUAGGGGCGGUGGCUGCCUUUGAAACUUGAAGAGGACCUUCCAGACCUGGCUCCUAGUUUCACUGGAAUGCAGUGGCAUCUGUUCUUCAUUUCUAUGGCCUGGAAGUCUGUGAAGUGAUUCCCAAGAGUGACUUAUCUCCCUCAGCCAAAACAAGCCCGGAGAGUCGUGAUUACGAGGCAAUUGAAGUUUAUUAGACUGCGUGUUAUACAUGGGCUCAGAUAAGCUGUGAUUUGAGUCAAGCCCUUCCUCCACCCACCACCAUUUACUUGACCAGCCUUGGAACAGACUGAUACUGAAUCCCCAUCCCUGGAGGCAUCCAACAGAACAUACGUAACCUCUUACCUGGGGAACACAUUGCAGAGGGAAUCUCAAAUCCAGUAGAACACGGGCUGCAAGCUCAAAUGCCUUCAAGGCCUGGGCAGGCCAGGGAAGGAGAAAAUUUGGCCAACUGUGGACAGAGGAGCGUGACAACUGCUAUACAGUUCAGCCAAGUGUCAGCAUGCUGGGAGGCAGAGCCCGUAUUGCCAGAUUGUUCAAUUUAUCUAAGAGAAGGUGGAGACCUGGAUUUGUGUGUAAAAUUCUCUCCAUUUUUAAAUGUUAGCAACCAAUCUAAACACCGGUUGGAAAGUUUUUUAAAUUUUUCUUGAAAUAUCAGUUUAUUUUUGCAAUACCAGUUUGUUGGCAGUAUCGUUUAUCUGUUUUGGAAUACUAGUUAGUUAGCUAGUUAGUUGGUUGGCUUUGGAAUGCCAGUUUAUUUGCCACCUAUGCAAGAACAGGGUGACUUUGCACUGAGGGCCUGUGAUAGGAGUCUGCAUAGUUGACCAUAAUCCGAGGGAGAAUCUCUGCUCUAGAAGACUCUGUUAGUCUUAGGGCAGAGCCUACAGGUGCCUUCCAGGUAAUUCAGAUCAGCUCUUUGCAGCCUGCUCUAGAGACAGAAGCACUGGCCUGAGAGUGGGGAGGCCUGGAUUCUGCUCCCAGGUCCUUCACUAAUUCUUUGUGACCUUGGGAGUCUCUGUCCUUCUCUAGCCUCAGUUUCCUCACUGGGAUUGACUCAUUACCUCUCAGGUUCCUCCUAGCUCAAAUGGCCUAAAGCUCCUGGGAGAAACCCAAGAGGAGCGUUUCCAAAAGAAAGGCUGGUUUUUGAUUUGGGGUGAAAUGGUUGUUUUCGGGGGACAGUUGUACAUCUUCAGAUAGUUCCAAAAACAGAAAAGAAUUUACCAGAAGGGAGACAUUGUCCAAGGCUUCCAGAGUCUUUGUGCCAAGGUCUUAGGGCUGAUGGAGGUGAUCUGUCAGCAUUUGUCAAAUGCCAGUGGAAAAGUCUGGGUGGUGAUAGAAGGCAGAUGGGGCUGGUGACAAGUGGAAACAGUCAGGGGAAGGGUCACGCCAGAGACUGGGUUGAUUCUCUGUUCUCAGUCACUCCUGGGAAGUCCUUCCCUGGACCUCAUUUUCCUCUUCUGAAAAUGAGGUUGCCUGACUGGUUCCUGAAUCCCCUUUGAGCCAUGGAGUUCUGCAAUUCCUAUGAAUAAUUGUUUUCCAGGUUGUAGUUUUUCAUCUGCACGAGGACCUUAAUUUUUUUUUUUUUUUGAUUCAACAGAUGUUUCUUAAAUAUCCACUGUGGACAGGCAGCACGGAUGCCACCAACAAAAGCAGAUACAGCCCUUGCCCUUGGGGCUUUUACAGUCUUGGGGGAGAUAGACAGUGACCAAUCAGGUAAAGGACCAGUGUACCAGCAAAGUGCCGUGAUACGACAAGGUUUCAACAGGUUUCAAAGUGAGCCUUGCACAAGCUGGACAGGGACAGCUUCUUUGAGGAAGGGACUCUUGAAUGAGACCCAAAUGUUACAGAUUAACUAACUUCUUGAAGGAAAGGUGCCAUUUUUCUGGCUCCCACUUACAGGCAACCACCUUGGACUACAAGUCCCAGCAUGACAUGAACCAGACUUCCUGAUGGGGGAGCUACUGGGAACAAGGGGUGGAGCUCAGCAGCCAGGUGAACCUACAUAACACAGAAGGCAGGUGGGCUUGCACUGAGGAACUUGAAGGGGACACAGGGAGGAGAGACAUGUAGUGAUACUUGGGAGAGACUUGACUGAGAGACACGUGGAGAGGCUAUUCCUGAUCCUUGGCAGAGACAAUGACAGCCGUUAUCUUGACCUCUUUGUAGGUUAUGUGUUUGUAUUUUCUCUCUCUCCUGUCCUAGCUCUCUGGAACCUUCCUAACCCCUUUCUUGUGGUUCCUUAGACUUGUGACAAGUUUUCAGGCCUCAGUGGCCCCAUUUCUGGCCAAGCCUGUUUGGCUGGGCAUCUGCCCAUGAAGGGAUGUGUAAUUUGGGGGAUUACAUUUACCUUUGUGUGAUAGAUGGCCGUACGCCUUUUACAGUGGGCAUCCCUUAACGGUUUGGGGUCCCUGCAUAUCCCUUGGUCACAUGCUUACAUAAAGGGUGAUGGAUGUUUAACGAAGUGAAGAGGACAAGAAAAUAUAUCUAGAAGAGGAACAGCAUGUGCAAAGCUGUACUAGGAGGGCACAGGGCGAACUUGUGGUACUGAAAGGUGCCAAUAAUGUUCACACAUAUUCUCUAGAGGAUCUUCACCAAGGGGAAGACAGUAUCGGAUCUGCCUUUUGAAAAAACUCUUCAAAAUACUGUUGGGAAGAGACAGUGAUGGUGAAAGUGAUGGGGGAAGGAGGACCAGAAUGGGUGCAGGGGGACCAGUAAGGGCUACAGCCUGGUGAGACAGGAGGGGGCCUGGAAGUCAAGAGAGAGU